GGUAGUUUUCUCACAGCGGCCGCUCCCUUUUCUGCUGACGCAACAACGCAAGGAGUAUACUGAGGCUCAAAGCUGCAGCGGGUGUGCGAUUAUUCGCCUGUUGCUUUCACAACCUGGCUGGGCUGGCUGUUAGUUAACUGACCGCAGGCAUGGCAGGAAAAGCCCACAGACUAAGUGGUGAAGAGAGGGAACAACUGUUACCAAAUCUCAGAGCAGUAGGAUGGAAUGAGGUGGAAGGCAGAGAUGCCAUUUACAAAGAGUUCCAUUUCAAGGAUUUCAAUCGGGCCUUUGGAUUUAUGACAAGAGUAGCUCUGCAGGCGGAAAAACUGGACCAUCAUCCAGAAUGGUUCAACGUGUAUAACAAGGUUCACAUAACCUUAAGCACACAUGAGUGUGUAGGCUUAUCUGAACGAGACAUCAACUUGGCCAGUUUCAUAGAGCAAGUUGCAAAUUCUCUGUCUUGAAGUUGCAAGUAUGUGGACCUAAAUCACUGAACCACCCCUACCAAACUUUUCUUCUGGCUGAGAGGCAGUUCCCAGACAUCAGAUGAGAGAUUAAUUUGGUAUUGUUUCCCAGUCAUUGAAAGAGCCCACCCUUAACUGUAGCUGUCUAAUUGACCAACUGUACGCAUUGAUGAAGGAACCAGUGCUCUGCAGUCUUGCCCAAGCCAUUGCAUUCUUUCCUUUCCUUUGUCAAAACUGUCUUGUGGUAGAGUUCUUGCAUCUCAAUAUCUAGUGUUAUGCUGUAGCCGUUCAAGCAGUAUUAUAUCGGCACACUAAAAGGUUACCUGUGGUGCAGUUAGCUAUAAAAUGGGAUUCAAUGUGAUUUAGAUUGUUUACAAUAAAUUUUAAUCUUAUUA